AUGGCCUGCCAAAAAGACACUUCAGCCUGUGGCUCCUGUCCAAGUGACGGCCACCACAAUGGCUCCGUAGGCGACAUUGAAGACUACAAAGUCGAGCUUGACUCCUUACGAAGACGAACCCUUGAACUCGAGCAAAAGCUCUCCCAGCUAGGAUUUGCCGAGACGGCGAAGGCGCCUUCAAGGUUCCGCUCGGCAAACUGGUUCAGCGUCGAUGCUGCGAACCCUGAGAUGUCGGCGCUCUACACUGAGCGAUAUCUCAACUAUGGCUUGACAAAGGAGGAACUCAUGUCUGGGAAGCCGAUCAUCGGUAUCGCUCAGUCUGGAUCAGAUCUGGCACCGUGCAACAGACAUCAUCUGGAGCUUGCAAAGCGCGUGCGAGAAGGAGUUCGUACCGCUGGUGGUAUCGCCUUUGAGUUUCCCACACAUCCUAUCCAGGAAAGCUCACGAAGGCCAACCGCGACGCUGGAUCGAAACUUUGCGUACCUGGGCCUCGUCGAAUUGCUCCAUGCUUAUCCGCUCGACGGAGUGGUUCUACUUACAGGCUGUGACAAGACGACACCUGCCUUCCUGAUGGCUGCGGCCACUAUUAACAUUCCAGCCAUUUGUCUCAAUGUCGGACCUAUGCUUAACGGCCGUCUCUUUGGUUCAAGUGAUAAGAUUGGGUCUGGAACGAUCUUGUGGAAAGCCAGAGACAUGCACGCGGCAGGUGAAAUUGAUGACGAUAGGCUGGUUGAGAUGAUAGCUGCUGGCUCUCCCUCCGUCGGCCACUGCAACACCAUGGGUACUGCUAGUACCAUGAACGCUCUGGCAGAAGCACUAGGUAUGGCUCUGCCUGGGUCUGCUGCCAUACCAGCUCCAUACCGCGAGAGAACACAAUGCGCCUACAAGACCGGUCGGCAGAUUGUGGAAAUGGUUCACGCGGACCGCAAACCCAGCGACAUCAUGACAAGAGAGGCUUUUGAGAACGCCAUUGUCGUCAACUCUGCAAUUGGAGGAAGCACAAAUGCGCCGAUACAUCUCAACGCCAUCGCCAAACAUAUCGGUGUUCCGCUCCACCUCGACGAUUGGGACCGCAUCGGCUUUGAUAUCCCUCUGCUUGUAAACGUGCAGCCUGCCGGUGAGAUGUUGUGUGAAGAAUACUACAGGGCCGGAGGUCUCCCUGCCGUCAUGGCCGAGCUGCUGGACCAAGGAAAACUCCACGGGAAGGCUCUGACGUGUAAUGGCAAAACAGUGACAGACAACGUCAGCGGCAGGCACUCAUGGGACCGUCGUACCAUCAAGGCAUAUUCGGAGCCGAUGAAGAAGGAGGCAGGAUUUUUGCACAUGACGGGCAACCUGUUCGACUCGGCCAUCAUGAAGACGUCGGUCAUCUCAGACGAAUUCCGAAAAGGGUUCUUGGAAGACCCGAAAGAUCCCAACGCGUUUACGUGCAAAGUUGCAGUCUUUGACGGGAGAGAAGACUACGUCCAUCGGAUCAAGGACCCAGAUGUGCCGGUUGACACGAGAACGAUCCUGGUCAUGCGAGGUGCGGGACCAGUUGGAUACCCUGGCGCAGCAGAGAUUGUCAACAUGCACGCUCCAGGGAAGGUGCUGAGGCAAGGCGUCCAUUCUCUUCCGUGUAUCGGCGACGGUCGACAGAGUGGCACGUCCGGCUCACCCUCGAUAUUGAACGCGAGCCCCGAAGCCGCAGCAGGUGGCAACUUGGCCCUCCUGCGCGACGGGGACAUGGUGAGAGUUGACCUCAACAAGAGAAAGGUCGAGCUGCUUGUAUCAGAAGCGGAUCUCAAGAAGCGCCGUGACGAUCUAGAAGCAAAGGGCGGAUACUCUUUUCCUGAAAGCCAUACGCCGUGGGAGGACAUUUUCAGGAGAGAGACGGGACAAUUGAACGAGGGCAUGGUUUUGAAGGAGGCCGUCAAGUUUCAGAGAGUGGCUCAGAAGUGGCCUGCCCCACGACACAAUCACUAG